UUUAUUAUGGACACCACAAACUAGUGUCUUCUCUGCUUUAGUUGGUAGCAUACUCCACAGUUUGCAGCACCAAAAGAAUGGCGACGACACAAGCUUUCUCUGGCACAAUGGUGAGCACCUCCUUCCUCCGGAGGCAGCCAGUGAGCAACAGCCUAAAGGCAUUUCCAAACGUGGGUCAGUCUCUGUUUGGUGUAAAAGGUGGACGUGGAGGUCGUAUCACUGCCUACAAGGUGAAACUGAUUACACCAGAGGGAACAAAAGAAUUUGAUUGCCCAGAUGAUGUUUACAUUCUUGACCAGGCUGAGGAGGAAGGCUUUGAGCUUCCUUACUCAUGCAGGGCUGGUUCUUGCUCUUCUUGUGCUGGCAAAGUUGUUGAUGGCCAAGUGGAUCAGUCAGAUGGUAGCUUCCUUGAUGAUGAUCAAAUAGGAAGUGGAUUUGUUCUCACCUGUGUUGCUUACCCUCAGUCAGAUGUUGUUAUUGAGACCCACAAAGAGGAAGAGCUCACUGCUUAAAUGUGACCUCAAAACUUCUUCUUUCCCAUUGCUUUUAAAUAUCUUGCUGUUCCCCUCAUGUCUGUUAAGUUUAAUUUUGUACCUUUUUUUUCUCAGGAUAUGGUUGUUUAUGUUUUCAUCAGAAUGAGUAACUUAUGCAUAAAUUCCUUCAUCUAUAGUAAAAAGUGAACUUCUUGUA